AUAUGAGCGAGAUGUAGGAUUACAGAUUUCCUGUGCGGUGUUUCGGUUUUUGUUUCUGUGUUUUGGCGGACGAGAACGCAAGGAGGAUGAGCGGUUUAGUGACGUAGAUUUGAAGUUUUAGUUUUGCUUUUGGAUUUAUUUAACGGGUCAGAUUUGCCCGUAUUCUUACGAUGAAUUAUCAGAAAAAACUGACAGCAUGCACUUUGAUAUCUUACAUCGUGAUUUCAAUUUUAGUUACAGGAAAAAAUGCAUCUUCCAUCCAAAUACGCCCCGAAUCUUGUACCAACGCAAUGGGGGACAAAGGAACUUGUAUGUUCGUCUGGCAAUGCAUCAAGCAGGACGGCACUCAACUAGGACCCUGUGUAGACCGCUUUCUUGUGGGCACCUGUUGUCAGCUUCCAAAGGAGGAAGAUAACAUGGUGCUUGGAUCUUCAGAUAAUUCCUCGACUUCUAAACCCUAUUUUCCGACCAAAGGAAAUGUCUUCACCAAACCGAAGCCGACGACUGUGCCGACCAGGCCUUCUGAAGCGACGACUCCGCAACUCACAAUCGGCACUAGCUCACUUGUGAUAGCACCCGUGACAUUGCCACCAGUGCCUAAACCAUUGGCAUCAUCUCUCAUCAGUCAAGCUGCAACUCCUCAAAUUGUGGUUGCAACGACGAAAAAACCGAAUUUGGAUGAUUAUUCAGAAUGCGGAGUUCAGUCUCCUUAUCCGAAAAGUAAGGUUGUGGGAGGAACACAUUCUGCGUUUGGAGAGUGGCCUUGGCAAGUGUCCGUCAGGCGCUCGACGUUUUUUGGAUUUACCAGCACUCAUAGGUGCGGUGGUGCAAUACUAAAUGCUAAUUGGAUAGCCACAGCUGGACAUUGUGUUGACGAUCUGCAGAAACCUCAAAUUCGCAUUAGAGUGGGAGAAUACGAUUUCAAUACCGUAGAUGAGCCAGCUGCCUUCCAGGAGAGAGGGGUGCUCAGAAAAAUUGUCCAUCCUCGAUACAACUUCUUCACUUACGAGUACGAUCUCGCACUCGUCAAGCUGGAUUCCCCGUUGGUGCUGAAGCCCCACGUGAGGCCCAUUUGUCUACCAACCAAAGAUGAAACCUACAUCGGCUAUAAUGCUACUGUUACCGGCUGGGGAAGAUUGAGCGAAGGGGGCUCCUUGCCCACGAAAUUACAGCAAGUCACAGUGCCAAUCAUCAGCAACGAUAAAUGUCAGAAAAUGUUCAAGAAAGCAGGUCGUCAUGAGCUCAUUCCUUCUAUCUUCUUGUGUGCAGGGUACGAAGCGGGAGGCAGGGACUCCUGUCAGGGUGACUCUGGUGGUCCUCUUCAAACAAAAAGAGAAGAUGGACGUUGGUUUCUCGUAGGUAUCAUAUCCUGGGGUAUAGGCUGUGCAGAACCAAACAUGCCUGGUGUUUGUACUAGGAUAUCAAAAUUUACAGAUUGGAUUACUCAGACCAUUAGCUGAGAAAGUUCAUCUUCCUACAUUUAUAAUUCAUCACUCAUUGUUAUCAAGUUGAGACUUGACGUUGACAUUUUCGAGUCAGAUUAGCUCAGCUGAUGACCACCGGCCAUUGGUUUUGAAGAAACCGUGAUUGAAGAUACAGAAAAUUUCAAAUCUUCUUACGAAAUCUCAUGUUGAGAGUGAGAAUAGUUUGCUUCCUUCCUGAAUUUUGAGCCAACAAAAAAAAAAAAAAAAAAAAAGGGGGGAAAAUUCCGAAUUCAAAACAUAGUUACCAAAGACAACGCCAUGAAUGUUUGGCUUCAGUUGAAGUCAUUGAAAUGAGUCUUUGGUGGCUAGUUUCGAUUUAGAAGUGGAAAUUUCUAUGAACUUCAGUGGAGCAUAUGUUGGACAAAAGAAUCAGUAAGCUAUUGCUUCAAAAAAUGUGCCUUUUCUAAUUUGUGUUCAGAGAAAAUUCGUACAUAACAGUUCUUACUCUGUGGACAUUACAAGAACCAGUAAUGGUAUUGAAGUUCAUUUAUGCUGCGAAAUAUUAGUAACAUCUUGUGGAAGACAUUAUAUUUAUAUGUAUUUAAAAUAUUCUAGAAAUGAUGGAGCAAGAGAAACAGUUUACACACCUUUUUAAGGCAAUUCUUACUGUGAUUUUUAAAACUUUCCUUUCCAAUUCAUCAUAUACAUCAGAAAUUUCGCUUUCUUCAUACUGAGGUUGAAAUUUUUCUGUGUAUCUUCAAUUCUUUUAAAAUGUUGUAUAUUUCGUGCGAAAAUUGGACUGAGCAUGCGCAAACGAACGAACCAAAAGAGCUGAGCUUUUAAACUGGGGAUGAAAUUAAGCUUGUAGAACAAGCUAAGUUCGUGUUGAUGGUAAAAUAAUACGAAUGUUUUUAUUUCUUGAAAAAUCUUGUAAACAUUUUUAAGUGUUAAAAAAUUUGGAAAAACUAAUUUGAUAAGCACUUAAGAUGAUAUUUUAUUAGCAUUUUGAAUGCUGUUAAAACAGCAGAUUCCUAUUUUUUCGUCUAAGUGGUUGUAUGUUGUCAAUAUUUUUGUAAUUGUGUUAAAACGAAAUUGUA